GCCGCCGCCGCCGCCGCCGCCUGCCGGACGCGGUCCCGGGCCCGGCCUGACUCGCUCCCUCGGGCCGGCCGACGGCUGUGACCCCGUGAGCUCCGCGUCUCCAGUGGACCCAGCCCAGGCGAGCUGUCCUUUACCCCGGGAGCGGCCGCACAGGAAAAGUGGCCGGGAAGAGGCGUGGUCCCCGUAGAAAAGGGACGCCCCAAAGUUGUGUCAUCCUGAGGGCGACAGUUGCGUCCCAAAUCCGGGCUACGAAGUUCGUUCUGAGCCUACAGGCGUCCGGUUGUCCCGCGGAGGGCGAGGCCCAACGAAUGCCCGGAGGGGCGUGAUAGCACAUGCAAAUCAUUAGGCGUGCGGGGUGUGCGAGCCCAGCUCGUCAGGGGCCAAGAGAGCGCGGGGCCGCAUCGUUAAAGCACUGGACUAGGGACGGGGCCAGCUUCUCUAAGGAGCAAGAGUGGCGGGGCCGCACUUGUAAAUCAUUAGGUAGCGGAGCCAAGCUCACUAAGGGGCCAGAAGAGGCGGGGCCGCACCUGUAAGGUAUUUGGGUUGUGGGGGCGGGGCCGCAUAUGUAAAUUAUUGGGUUGGGGCCGGGGCCACAGAUAAAAACCGCUUGGCUGCAAGGGUCAGGCGCCUCCAGGGCACCGCGGAGGGCCGUCUCACGCGCGAGGUGCUUUACAGGUCGGGGCGGGGCCUGAGCCUCGCCCGCGACGUCACAGCGGUGCCUGGCGCCCGUGCCGGCAGGACUGACCCAGGUGCGGGAACGGCCUGAGCGGGGCGAGCGCGCCAGCCGCACCCCACUCCCAUGGCGGCGGCCGAAGGGCCGGAGCCGCCCGUGGGGGCCCCCAGCGCGGAACCCGCGCCGCCGCCGGCCUGCCGCUUCUUCCUGGAGGGCCGCUGCCGCUUCGGUGCCCGCUGCCGCCAGCCCCACCCCGGGGCGCCGGCGCCGCCGCAGCCUAGAGGCGAGCCCGAAGCAGAGGCCAAAGCCAAGAAGCCGCCGCUGCGCACGGCUGCGGCUGUCAUCCAGCGCAUCCGCUGGGACCCGCGCCUCGACCCGGCCGACUUUUCCGUGGGCUACGUCGACCGCUUCCUGGGUGUGCGCGAGAAGCCCUUCCUUUCCUUCUGCUGGGACGAGCCUCUGGCGGCGCUCGGGCCGGGCGUUCUGGCCGUGCCGCAGCACCGGGUGCGCUACUUCCGCUUCCGCGGCCGUCUGGUGUGGGACCGCGCCUCGCGUACGGACCUCGUCUUCGGCUCGGGCUUGGCUGCGGGCCGCGGGUCCACCAUCCUGGACGCGCUCGACGGCGGGGAUGCGCACGGUGUCGGAGAGGAGGGCGACGGCGAGGACGCGCACCAGACCGGGCAUGCGAGCGACGGCGAGCACGUGCACGGAGCCGGAGGUGAGAGCAACGGCGUGGACGCGCACGGGACCGGGGGCGCGCACGACGGCGGAGACAGGGGCGGGGACGUGCAUGGGACCGGGACCGGGGACGAGAGUGACGGCGAGGACGCGUACGGGGCCGGAGGUGCGCUCAGCGGUGGGGACACGGCCGGGGCCGGGGGCGCACAGGACGGUGUAGCUGCGACCCGUCUUGGCACCGGUGCGGGAGGGCGCGUACAGCCAGCUUGGACGGGACUCCGGGCCGCCUUGGCCCCGGAUGGCGGAGGCCCCGAAGCUGGGCGCCUGGCGUUGGCAGGGACGUUAUCGAGGAUCCAGGAGCGGGAGUUGGGCGGCCCUGGAGGCCAAGGUUCCCCGUGGAUGCAGCCAAGAAGGGCGCUGAAGCCAGCCGCCGCCGCUGCCAGGGACCUGGAGCCCCCGGGUGGGAAGCUGCCGGCUGUGGUAGCCCCGGGAAGGCCCUCGGAAGGCCUCUCUGAGACGGAAGUGGAGUGGGGUCCCGGGGUCUGGCCCGUGGACGGUGGAGCAGCCGGGGCCGUGGGCCCUCGCCGGCCCCGCCCCACGCACUUCGUGGCCCUCAUGGUGACAGAGGCUGAGCUGCAGGCCGGGGUGGCUAAGGUCCAAGAAGAACUGGUACGAAAUGCACCAGCUUGCGCGGCGUUCACAGUGCCUGCUCAGGCCCUGCACCUGACAGUGGCCCUGCUGAGGCUGGCGGGCCCCGGCGAGGUGGCGGCUGCGGUCGACGCACUCAGAGGCGUGCUCUCGGACCCCGGGCUUCAGAUCCCUCAGAGGCUCAGGUUCAGGCGCCUGGUGUUCCUGGGCUCUCGUGUGCUCUGUGCUCCCCCCGACCCUCCUUUGGAGAACAUGGCCCAAGUGCUCAGCCAGAGGCUGGAGGCCGAGGGGCUGAGAGUGCUGCAGCCCUGCAGGGGGCUACACCCCCACCUCACCCUGGCCAAGGUGCCCCAGGGUUCCCAAGUCGGCCUCCCCAAGCCUGGGUUCAGCCCAAGGCAGGAGCUGGGGAGCCAGCCUCUGGGGAAACUCUGGCUGUGCCGCGUGGGGAGGUCAGGGGGCACCUACCAGGCCGUGGCGGAGAUCCCCCUGGUAUCUCAAUGCCAAAAGAAAUAAAGGCCAGGACCCAGACACCCAGAGGCAAUCUAGCCCGGGGCAGAAAGACAAAGCGUGCGCGCGUGUUCUCUCUCUCUCUCUUUAAUUUUGGUUUCUCUCAAGCUUCCAAAUGGUGCUCAGUGCUCCAAGGAAAGAAUGAAGGAAGGAAAGGGGAGGGGGAGAGGAGGGGGAGGGGAGGCAAAGGAGGAACAUCUGGAAAAAAAGCAGCCUGACAGUCCAGCUGUUUGCAAACUCAUUGCACAUCCUCCAGUUACAUGGCAGAAGAGGGAGGGAGGACGGAAAAGAAAAGGGGAGGAAGAAAAAAUAACUUAAAUAAACACACACAAAAAGAAAAGAGAAGGAAACAUGACGUGAGCUGGUGAUCCAUGAGGCGGGGAGGGAGGGUAACCGUUUUACCUGUGCUGAACCAAGGGAGAGCGGGAGCAGGAGGCGGCGGGAGGGAAAAGGGGGAAAAACCAGAAGAAACAUUGGGGUGGAGAGGGGAAGGGACACGGAGACAACUUAAUACAACUGCAGACGAGGCAGCCCGGCCGUCGAGGUCCCGCGAUGGCCUCCGGAGUCCUCAGUGCAGGCUGGCAGUGUGGAUCUGGCGGUGGCGAGGCGUUGGCGUUUCUGGGGUCGGGGGCUGCGGGCAGGGCACAGUCUACGCGGCUCCCCUCGCCCCAAACACUGAGGCCCCGGAGGGCUGGGCAACAAGAGUCUGUGGUGAGGCAGAUGAGGCGGCGGGCAGCGGGCUGGUGUGCUGGUGCCCCUGCCGCAGGCGGGCACGGGCGGAGCGGCCUGUCUUCUUCCACUGGCCCCCCUGGCAUGGGAUGGGCCAGGGUGCCGGGUCGCUACCGGAGUACAAGCUCGAGAGAGAGAGAGAAAAAACACUGAGACAGCAUUAGUGGAGGUGCAAGGUGGACACAGACGACCCCACACACUAUGCCCCCAACCCUCCGCUGUCCCCCCUCCCCCAAUCCCAUCCCUCAGAGGCAAAAAUAAAAAUGUAGAAAAAUCUCUGUACAGACUCCCCGGUGGGCAAUGGGGGCCGGGCUGGUGGCUCUUCCUGGAGCCCACUCCCCGCAAAUUAAUUUACAACCCAAGUCCACGGCUCAAAAACAAAACCCGCCGAGGCGGCGCUGGGGGGCUGCAGCCCUGCCCCCCACCCCCGGCGGCGCUGGUGCUCAGAAGGCCGGCAGCUGCGCCAGGCUGAGGCGGCAGUCGACGCUGGAGUUGUCCGGGCCCGUGUAGGCCAGGCCCAGGGGCUCCAGGAAGGCCCGGCAGGCGGCCUCACCCUCGAAGGCCAGCUCGGCCUGCAGGUAGGAGACUGGCAGCGCAGGGCGGAAGCUACGGAGACAAGAGGAGAACGCGAUGAGGCGGGCGGCGGGCAUGGGAGGGCCCCACGAGCAAGGAGUGGGUGCCCCCCUUCGGGCACCCGAAGGUUUCCUCAGCAUGUCACCUGCUGGCCCCUCCCCAGCCCCGGCCUCCCCCCUCAGGGGCUCGGGGGGGCCCGGGGUGGGGGGGGCCCCAACCCCUCGCUGUGCCCCCCCUCCCCCUCACUUACCUGUGCGGGGGACGGGAGGAGAGGGGACAGGAGGGAAGGGCCCAGCUGGCUCCUCUGCUGGCUGGGGCCUGAGCAGCCCCUCAGGAGAGGGCCCACGGGGCCGGGGCAGGGGCCAGGUGCAGGGAGCCCCGCCCCUCCCGCUUGCCCUGAGCUGGGUGGGAGUGCUAAGGGGAGGCUUGGCCUGUGCUCUUCUAAGUACCGCCCCGUGAGCCCGCUGAGCUCCCUCCCAGCAGCUGUCACCCUACCCUUCACAGACGCACCGAGGACAGCGCAGCGGCAGAGCCACUUGGCCACUGUCACCUAGGACGUAAGUAAGUGGCAGAAAACGCUCAAACCAGUCCUGCCUGAAGCCCCCACUUCCUCACAGCCCUGGAAGUCCAUGGGGGCGGGGCACAGGACAGCCUGCUGCCCCCCAACACGGGGCUGGCCCCGGCCCAGCGAGCCAGAGAGAAGCCGCACCACCCUCCGGAGCAGGGGGACACAAGACCGUGAGGCCAACGACAGGCCAGAGCCCUCCCACUGGCCAAGCACACACACAGGCUGAGGCAGAAACAGGAAGUGCUGAGGAGGAGACAGUGGCCUGCCCGGCUACAGCCCGGGGGCGGCGCAGAAGCCCGAAAACUGCAGGAGGAAGAGCCUGUGCGGCCGCGGAGAACACACCGGGGAGCCCAGGGUCCUUCAGGGCUUCCCAGCCUCAGCGAGACUGACCGCGGCCAAGUGACCCAGCUGGGGGUGCCCUGUGCACUGCAGGGCACUGAGCAGCACCUCUGGCCUCCACCAGCAGAGGCCAGGAGGACCCCGGUUGUGACAACGCAAGAGGUGUCCUGCCGUCGCCGGGGGGCGUCUCCCGCCUGACUGAGCACGUGAGCACAGGCCGCGCUCUUUGGGGUCUUGGCCUAGCUUGCCCUGCCUCACACCUGGUCCCUGAGCAUGCCUGGGCUCUCAAAACAGCUCGAGCGGGAGCGGGGCCUUGUCCCUGAGACCGCGGCUACGCCGCCUUCGCUGGGCGUCCCCACAGAGCAGGAGCUCAGCCACAGGAGCGCUGAAGAAGGUGGGCAGAGGCCUUGGAGGAAGGGGAGCCCGGAGCAAGGAGAAGACCAAGUGGGGUCCAGGGUGAUGCGAGCAGAAGGUAAAGAGAGGCAAAGGGGCAGGGGAGCCCGGAGCAGUGAGAGACAGGACCACGGAGGAGGGCCCGCAGUGCGUGCGCUGGACGGUGGAGGGACCAGAGGGGAGGGCCGAGUGUGGAGAGGAGAGAAGGGGAGAGAAGACCAGGACCCGAGGGAGGGAGACCAGGGGAGUCAGAGGUGCGGACGGCGGGAGGAGGGCGGCGGUGAGGCCGCAGAGCAGAGGGCCAGGGGCAGAGCUCAGCUUCACAUACGUUUUGAUCAUUGCCUUGAGGGCGGCCUUGCGCUCCCGGUCUGCAAACUUGUCCACGAGGUAGCCAGACAUACAGGGCGCGUGCGAGUAGAGCCGAAAGAAGCGGUGGUAGUUGCCCAGGGCCCAGGCUGCCCUGAGCGCCAAGGCGUGGGCCACACAAGGGUCCGCCUUCAGCUCCCUCGUCAGGUACGCCAGCUCCGUGGUGAUGUCUGCGGCCGGAGACGAGGAGGUGAGCAGGGCCAGGACCUGGGGGCCCGCGGCCGCCCCGCUCUGCGGGGCUGCGCCUCACCUCCUGAGUUCUUGGUGAAGAUGUAGUAGAGGAUCCGGUAGGCAGUGAACUCGCCCACGUUGCCUGGCAGGUUCUCAGCAUACAGUGACUUGAGCUGCGUCUGGCACUGGUUGAACUCUUCGUGGUCACCCUAGAGGACAUGGAGGGAGGAGCAGAGUGAGGCCGGGACGGGGGUGGGGGGAGCCGAGGGAAUCCUGUCAGCCCCUCACCUUCUCCAAGGCGAUGCGGGCGUGGGUCUCGUACACCUCCACCGUGAACUCGGUGCGCACACCUUGCACCUGGGCAGCGGGAGAACAGAUGUCACACCGGAGCAGGGCGGGACCAGCAGUGUGGCCCCCUCCCCGGCCCCCGCCUCACCGUCAGGUCCUGCCGGAUGGACUUCAUCUGCUCGCAGGCGAAGGCGUAGUCCUGCUUCUCCUUCCAGUGGGACUUGACCAUGCACAGCGACUUCUUCAAAACCUGGGAAGGAGGUGAAUUGUGGCUCAGGAUGUGCUAAAACCUGCCACAGUUCCACAAACUCGGGGUCGUAAGCGGAGGCAGCAACAUUAAACCCACCCAGUGGCUUGAUCCCGAUAUUAAAGGGAAUAGAACCCAAGAGUAAAAGCGUGCACACGGUCUCCCGCGUCAGCACAGGCCGCGCACGCGCCCCGGGAGGACACGUCAGCCCCGCUCCCAGCUCGGGCCUCGGGACAUGGAUGUCCCAGUGUCUCACAGGCACUGGCCGGGGACAUCGGCUUCCUUCUCCUGGUCUCCUAAGCACGAGGCGAAGGCUCAGAGGCCAGCCCAGCCUUCCGACAAGGCCACAGGCUCUGGACUCGACUCCGAAAGCACAAGCUCUGGGUCCAGUUCACCUCUCGGUGCCUCAGGCCCCCUGUGCACAGGCAGGUCCGGGUCUUCCCCGAGGCAGACCCCUGCCCGCCCCGCCACCUCCUCCCAUGUUGCCUCUGCCAUCCUCGCAGCGUUGGCCCCGGAGGCCUGGUGCCAGCGCUGGCCUCACAGGGAGGACCUGCCCUCGCUGCCAGGGGGCGCUUACCGCCACGGGGCGCACGGUGGACGGGUCGGGGGCGCAGGUGAGACGCAAGUAGUGCUUGGUGACGUCAGGGCAGGUGCCCACGAUCUGCAGCUCGUGCCAGUCGGGGUCGGCCCCGCCGCUCUCCAGGCUGCUCAUCUGCAGCACCAGGGGCUCCAGGCGCAGGCGGCGGGAAUGUCCGUGCUGGAAGCGCGCCGCCCGCUUCUGCUUCUUCAGCUCGCGCUCGGGAUCCUCACACUCCAGGGCCGCCAUCUUCUUGCGGCUGCGCUUGGUGGGGGCUAGGUCGUGCCUGGGGAGGGGGGGAGGGAGGAGGAGGGGCCCUGAAGGGGCGGGCGUGGCGCCACCCCCUGCCUCUCCACCGCUGCCCAGACACAGCCCUUCCCCUCCCAGCGGCCCCUCCUCCCCGGCCCCCCAAAGCCUCACCUCUUCCCACGCUGCGCCCUGCCUCGGCCCCGGUCCAUGUGGGCCCCCCGGCCUCCCCGGCCCUUGGGGGGUGGGUUCCUGCGACCCACAGGGUGACACUCAUUCCCUGAGUAGGAGCUGUCGGAAUCCGAGUGCGAGUCACUGUGCAGAGGAGCACAAAGGUGAGGCCUGAAACGUCUCCUCCCCCCCGCCCCUGGCCCCGCCACCCAGCGGCCUCGCACCUGCGGCGGAAAUGGCGGGUCGGGGAGCGGGAGGAGGAGCGGGAGCGCGAGUCGGUGCUGGAGGAGGAGCUGUGGUCCUUCAUGAAGACAUUGCGGUUGCCGAACUUGGCGAAGCUGCUGCCCCGGGCUCGGCCAGCACCCCCAGCCCCGGGCGUCCCUCGCUGGGACUGGGCACCCCCGCCCCUGGUCGCUGAGCCUGCCCCCCGGGGAGGGUGGAGGCUGCUAGGGGCCUCCCACCGCUUCUUCUUGGGGCUCUCAGCCACAGGCUCCCGAGUCAGCCUGGGGAUAUAGCAGGGGAGGGCAUCACCACCCGGCGCCCCGACAUCCCCAACGCCUGCCACCCGCCCCUGGACACACGAGCUCAGAAGGAAGGGCACUUACCCAGGCAACUCGACUAACACGACGCUCAGGGCCCCGGACACCUAGGAUGGCAGGUCUCCAACUGCAGCACCAGACACCUCCCGAGCGCCCCCCGGCCCCACGCACCCUGGCAGGGGCUCCCGGCUCCAGUCGAUGGUGUAGGCCGAGCCAUCCUGGAGCCUCGCCUGCAGCACCUCCUUGAGCAGCUUCUCCGUCCGGUCCUUGUCCUCCUCCGACUCACAGGCAGUGAAGCAGCGCUCCACGUACUCCUUCAUGUCCUGCGGCCAGUCGUCGGGCUUACCGGACAGGUUCCCCCUGGCGGAGGGAGGACAGGUGCAGACACUCGGUUGGGGAGUGGUACCCCACGACCCAGGUGGGACCGUCAUCACCGCCCCUCCCGGGCAGGCACCCAGGGCGAGCCCGUGGGGCAGGGCAGGGGGGCUCUCUGCUUUCUAAGGAGCAGGCCGUGCCAGUGGGCCGCACACAGAUGCUGAGCACGGUGCCCAGGGGCUGGGGCCGGGCAAGGGGGCGGCCGUCACCUGUGGUUCUGGGCCUUCUCGGGGUUGGGCUGGGGACCGAAGCUGCCGUGCUGGCCCUCCGUGGUGGAGCCAAAGCUCUGGCUUGUGACAGCGAAAGGCCGUUUCUGAAUGUUGAACUUGAGCCCACCAGUCCCAGGGGCCGCUGUGAGGGCAGCGAAAGCUGAGGUGAGGCCUCCCCCGCCCACGUGGGCGGCCCCGCCCCCGCCCCCACCCCCACCCCCGGGGCAGGAGCCCUGAGCUCCAGAGAAGGGCGCCCAUUCCGAGCGGCCCCACGCACCGCCCCGGGAGGUCCCAAGAGCGAAGCAAGGUCCAAGCACCCCACGUGCCUCGCGCCAGGAGUCCUGUGAGGCCCCCUCCCCUCCACGGCCCAAGGCCACUCACGCUUCAUGCGGUUCCACAGCUGCUGGCCCUUCUUGGGCUUGGCGGGCUCGCUGUAGCCAUGCUGCCCAUAGGCCUGGCCCGAGGCAGAUCCUGCCUGGCUGUGCUGCGUGGCAGGGGCCGUCCCUGGCUGCGGACCGCUGCUCAAAGGAGAGCCACCACCUCUACCACCGGACACGAGCACCGCCCCCUCCUCAGGCUCGAUUCCCAGGGACAACGACCACAUGGUGCCCUACUCACUACUCAAGGGCUACCAGGAUGUCCUCAGAGCACCCUGCCCUGGUGAUGCGAGAGGACACCAAGUGUGUGCGUGUGCCCCACGCCCGCGCACGGGACGCUGCUCACCUGUGCACUGGCCACGGGCCCGCUGCUGCUGGCCUUGGCAGAGCUGCCGGCAGCUCCCGCUUUGCUGAUGCUGGCCAGGGCCUGGCGGGCCUUCUCCCACUCGGGGUUCUCGUGCAUGGGGGUCUCCAUGCCACUCUCUCUGCCUGCCCCGGCCACCAUGCUGUACUGAGAGGACCUGCAGAAAGGGGACAUCAAGUCAGCCCAUUCUCCCACUGCAGACGGUGGGCAGGACGGAAGCAGGCAAACCCCAGGGCUUGAAUCCCAGAGCCUCAAUUUCCUAAUCUGUGACACACUGACAGCCAGUUUCUGCGUCACAGUCUUCAGCGAGCGACAGAUGCGAUUACCUACCUAAGGUACUUUUGCAGAUGCCUGCUACAUACAGACGUUAAAACUCAAACCAGAGAAUUACCAGUAACCACAAGACUUAAAACAAGACCUGAUGCCUGACAGAUCUAAAUGCUUUACGAAACCACAAAUUCUGUCUGAUAGCACCUCAGUCAGAAAGUCAUCACACUGUUUUGGAAAAAACGAGGAAUUAAAAAAAUAAAUGAGUAUUAAGUGUU